AUGCUCACUGCCCUCAACGAUAUAUAUGUAGGCCCGAACCUCGUCUUCCCCGAACUUCCUGCUGUCGUCCACGGCAAAACACCCCCGACCAUCAAAACCCAAGCACGGUCCGCCACGAUCCUACCCAAUUUCGUCGGCUUGAAGUUCGCCGUGCACAACGGCAAGAUAUAUCAAGAUGUGUACAUCACGGAGGAGAUGGUCGGGCGGAAAUUGGGCGAAUUUGUGCCUACAAGAAAACGAUUUACAUACAAGAUGAGCAAGAAUAAGUAA